AUGGGUUUUUCGUUCGGAAACUACAAUGGUGUCUGCGACACAAUUGCUAUGGUGUCGUGCCCUCUUCUGGGUGGUUCAACGGGAUUGGUGCCGCAAUGCUACUCGCGUAACAUUGAUAUUAACAACACGAUUAUUUUCCAGCCGGCUACCUGUAUUAUCCAUAUGGCUGCGAUCAUUAUGACAUUUAUUAUGCUCUGGCACGUCAACUCGAAAUACACGGCAGUAGGUCGCAAGGAAAUCCUUUUUUUCCUGAUCUUGUACGGUAUUUCGGAGUUCCUGGUCAUGUUCCUGGACUCGGCUGUGAUUCCCACGUACAUGGGCGCAUACCUGUGGUUUACGGCCAUUUAUAUCGGCCUUAAGACGGCUAUCUUUUGGUGCCUGAUGCUCAACGGUUUUGUUGGCUUCCAGUUCGCUGAAGAUGGCUCGGCCCUCUCCCUUUGGUCGAUGCGCAUCAGCGCGCUGAUUCUGUGGAUCAUCUCCUUUGUUGUCGCGGCAGAGACGUACAAUGGAAACAUCAAGGACCAGGCAGGUCUGUGGUUCUUUGAGUUUGCAUUCCCUGUGAUUAUGGUGCUGUUCUAUGUCGUUUCGCAAGUCAUCCUGGUGCUUCGCACGCUGGAUGAACUGUGGCCUCUGAAUGACAUUAUCUGUGGCUGCUUGGCCUUUGCGGCUGGUUGCAUUCUCAUGUACGGCUUCAGCAACCAGAUCUGCGAGAGCGUGAAGCACUACAUUGAUGGCACAUUCUUCGGUACCCUCUGUUCCCUGCUUUCCGUGAUGAUGGUAUACAAAUACUGGGACUCGAUUACACGUGAGGACCUCGAAUUCAGUGUCGGAUCGCGCCAUGCAAACUGGGAUACAAAGGAUAACAUGCUCUCUGACUACGAUGGCUCGGUACAAUCGCACGACAACUUGUCGCGCGGCAUGUCGCGCACGUUUGACCAGUCGCGCACACCCUCGCCGAACGACCACAAGGAGGCAGCGGCCGCUGACUACCCCCUUUCUACUGGCAUGACACGUAACUCGUCAGGUGGAAGCUCGUUCUUUGUGCCCAGAUAA